GCGGGGCGGCGGUUCCCGCUGCGGGCCGGGGGGGCCGAGGAAGGCCCCGCGCGCGGAGCCCGGCGGCCAUGGCGGCGGUGAAGGCGGCGGCCGAGCCCCUGGGACGGACGGCGGAGGAGGUGGCCUGGGCCGAGGCGUUGCGCGGGGUCUGCGAGCCCGAGCACCACUGGCGGCACCGCCGCGAGUUCCUGCUGCGCAACGUCGGGGAGCUGCCGGCGGCGGGCAGCGCCCAGCUCCAGCGCCUGGUGUCCCUCUCCAUGGUGUGGGCCAACCACGUCUUCCUGGGCUGCCGGUACCCGCCGCAGGUCAUGGAGAAGGCUCUGGAAAUGGCCGAAGGCAUCCAAGUGACCAGCGCGCCUGUCCGCACCACGAGAGAUGAACUGGUUGCCAAGGUGAAGAAAAGAGGCAUAUCAAGUAGCAAUGAAGGGAUAGAGGUUCCCUCCAAGAAGCAAGCUGUUGAGAAAAGCAGAGAUUCUAAGGAUACCGUAAAGGAUGUGAAAACAACUAAGGCAGAAGCUGCGAAAGAAACAGAGAGCAUACUGCCUAAAGAGCGGGAAAAAGAUAAUAGCAAAGAUCCGGAAAUCUCCCAGUCAACUUGCAGUUCAAAUCAAGAAACAAUCAUAGCAUCGGACGUAAAAACAGAAGAAAAACCUGCUAAUGCUGAAAAUACUACUGAGCAAAGCCCACCUUCAUCGGAAAAAGAGUCAGGAGAGAAGCCUUGCUCAAAUCCGCCUAAGGAAAACAAGUGUGAAGAUGUGCCAUUGCCUGAAAAGAAAACUCCAGUAAGUGUAGUGCCAGCGUCUGCCAAGGGCUCCCCGCAGGCAGAGGCGGUGCCAGCAGUGGUGCCACUGCCUGCCAAGAGCACGCCACAGGCAGAGGUGGUGUUGGCAGCUGUGCCAGCAGCUGCCAGUAGCACCCCGCAGGCAGCAGCAGUGCCAGCAGCAGUGCUCCCAGCUGCCAAGAGCACCCCACAGGCCGCAGCAGUGCCACUGACCACCAAGAGCACCCCGCAGGCAGCAGCAGUGCCACUUGCUGGCAAGAGCACCUCACAAAUAAGUGCUACAUUGCUGUCUUCCAAAACCCAAGCAAGCACUGCAGCUUCAGUGUCCAAGAGCAGCACUCAGGUGGGCACCUCGCUGCUGCUGGCCCCCAAGAGUGGCACUCAGGUAGGCACCUCGCUGCUGCUGGCCUCCAAGGGCACAAAGGUAGGCUCCUCGCUCCUGGCCUCCAAGAGCAGUGCUGAAGUGGCUGCCUCGUUGCUGGCCGCUCGGAGUGGUGCUCAGCAGGGAUCUUCACUGCUGACUUCCAAGAGUAGUGCUCAGGUGGCUGCUUCACUGCUGGCUGCUCGGAGUGGGGCUCAGCAGGGUCCCUCGUCACUGGCCUCCCGGGGUGGAGCUCAGGCAGGUGCUUCCCUGUUGGCUUCUAAGGGUGGCACACAGACAGGUUCCCCACAGCUUGCCUCCAAGAGUGGCUUGCAGGCAGGCGAAACCCCUGCUAAGGCUUUGCGCAAACCACUGACCAGCGACGAUGUGAAGGAAAGACAACCUUUUUUCAACAGACUGUACAAAGCUGUAGCCUGGAAACUGGUUGCUGUUGGAGGCUUCAGUCCCAACGUAAAUCACGUGGAACUUCUAAACUCAUCUAUUCAGUCUGUAAAAGCUACUUUAGACGUUGCUUUUGUUCCCCUGAAGGAACUUGCAGACUUGCCUCAAAAUAAAAGCUCUCUGGAAAACAUAGUUUGUGAACUGAGGUGCAAGUCUGUCUACUUGGGUACUGGCUGUGGUAAAAGUAUGGAGAAUGCCAAAGCGGUUGCUUCAAGAGAAGCUUUGAAGCUAUUCCUCAAGAAGAGAGUUAUUGUGAAGAUCUGUAAAAGAAAAUACAAAGGUAGUGAAAUUGAAGAUUUGGUACUUCUGGAUGAAGAAUCAAAACCUUCAAAUUUACCUCCAGCUUUAAGAAAUCCUCGUGAGAUCUUGUAGGGAGCUUCUCUGUACUGUGUAUAAUAUUUCAACACAAGGACUGAAGGUUAAUUUUGUACUUUGAAAAUGUAGGCUUCCAGAUAUUUUGUAUUUCUUUCUCAGUUUUGCAAGACAAUGAUAGUCCUCUCACUUAGUAGCAAUUGUAUAAAACUUGUUAGAGAUGACAGGUGCGCAUUUAAAGGUAUGCCUUAAUAUAUAGCACACUAGUGUGCUGGUUUGUUUGCAAAAUAGUCUACCUAAUUCUUCUAUUUUUAAUUAAAUGAUUAAGGUACAAUUUGCUGUUUAAAACCUGACAGUUUUGUAAUUCUUACGACUUGAUGGCAGUGUGCUCAAUUGUCUAUCAUGUCUUUUUUAGCCAUGUAGGAGUGUAUAUAUAGGGACCAUAAUACUUGAAAGUUGUUAAAAAAAUUCAGUCAAAAAGUUGAACUCCUCUGUUUCAGGCUUGUUGUUCAUAAUGUUCACUGUUGUGCAUACUAGGAGAGAAAAUAGUUGGUUCACUUAUUUUUAUGGGAUGUUUUUGUAAUGCUCACAAUAUAAAUGACACCCUAAUCCCAUUUAACGUUACACUGGCAAAUUACCAAUUGGCAGUCAAGUCUGAGCUACAUCAGCCACCAGAACUCUGUAAGCAAGUUUAAUUUACAUUGUGAAAUAGCACUUGCUGAUUUUUCUUGAAAUAAACAUAGAUUUCUAUACUGAGCAUAUUUUGACUGCUACUAAAACCUCUGGGAUGUGUUUUUGUAGUACUUUGGUUGUGGCUCUUGACUAUUCCAGCCAUUUCAAUAACUUUGCAACACCUGAAUAAAAGCUUUACUUUGAGCGGCCUCAAGGUGUAAUCCCACAAGGAUGACUUGUUUUCUUUGGACUCAUGGCUGCGAUAUUGUAAAACUGAUGAUGGACCUAUAGAAUACCUAUUUCUACUUUUGUAAUGCCAAGAUAAGCAAAAUGAAGAUGCUGCUGUCUGCUAGAGACAGUGUAUUGUGAAGCGUUCGCACUAACUGAGCCCUACCUUUGCUAUGUUUUCACACCGUGUACGGAGUGGUUUGGAGCAAAGAAAGCGGGCGAUUACCAUUUAUUUUCAAUGUUACUGAAAUACCUGCACAAACUGCAUGUUUUGAUAUAUCAGAUAAUGACAUGUAAUUGUAAAAACAUAAUGUCUUCAGUGCUAUUUUGACUUGAUCUUGUCUGAUGACAGUAGUUAGCAUUAUUUAGUGGUGACCUUACACUUGUCUGACAGAUCUGUUGAUUGGGUACUGCAGGAGUGAAGAUAAAUUCCUGGGGUCUCCAUAGUAGAUGUGUCCACUGAAAGAUUUCAGUUUCUUCUGUGAUUCUGGGACUGAACCAUUGUUACACUGUACCCUACACGAUUCUUAACAGUGGUGGCUGUCCAGCUCGUAGCACCUGAAGUCUGCAAGGUGUGUGUGCUUCCCAGUGGCCUGUUUAGAACUUCCUCCAUCUGACCCCUGCACCUCUGUGCUCUCCUGAGGUUUCUUGGGCAUUCCUCCUCCGUGUUUCUGGAGCACGAGCUGAGCUUCGGAAGGCAACUUGUUAAAUUUUGUUAAACCCCAAUGCAGCACAAGGUUUGGCCUGUGCUCCUGGUGCAGAGCAUGUUCUGUGCUGUGUUUGGGAGUUGUGGUAUUCGUGCCAGGAAGCGCAACCUCUCUUUUCACAUCCUCACUGUUCAGGUGGAGAUACAGAGUGAGUGUUUUUGCGGGGCAGGAAUUGCAUCCUGUGCCUUCUGAAGUAGGCAGCAGCUUUUCUAGCAGUUGGUUUGGGCAUCGCCAAGUCUCUAGCUGAGAACUGCAGCACGUGUUGCAAUGUGAAAACCUGUGUUUGCUGUCUGUAAAAUGAAGCGCACAGGAUUUACAGAGCUUGUGGGGGUGGCAGGGUAACUGUGUUCUGAAAGGCUGAGGUGCUAGAUGCUUUUUUAUAAAUUCCUGACUUGAGCUUACCUUUUUUAAAGAAUUUUGAAUGUUAUUUCUCUUUGAUGUUUGGUUGUGAUUCAUUAAAGGAUGAGUCUGUAGCUACUCU